UCUGAAUCUGGGUUUGGGAUGCUGCCACUCUUUUGCGAUACAUAGCAAUCGAAGACAUAUUCAGCUUGUCCCACCUCAUUUUGCACUGGCCUGUGUAGCGCUUCAACGUCUGAGAGGGAUCUUCGGACACAGCAUCCGGUACGACUUCGCGAAACUCCCAAGAUGAUACAUCUCCUUUAAUCAUAUUGCUUAUCACAGGUGAAGCAGUCACUAAGCCAGGCCGCAGCCCCUCGCCGGGUGAUGUCGAGACACCUGUCAUGCAGUCACCUUCAUCGAUGAAGCCUUCGAAGGCCGCCAUCCCUCGCCAGGGUCUAGAGCUACACCUGUAUGGUAACCCUAACCCGGGCUUCUCGUGCAUGUGAGGGAUGUAAGCUCGGGAAGAAGAAGUGCACGGGUAGCUGGCCGUGCAGAGCAUGUGCUACAGUACAAAAAGAUUGCGUCUAUGGUGACAACAAAAGAGAAAGGCAAAACAGGUGACUGGGCUGUGCGCCUUUGGCUUCAUUUCUAUAUAGCUUACACGCAAAGGCUCCUUGCAACCAGCACCCAGAGGAAUGAGAGCCUGACCAACCUGGUCGAGAAAUUGCGUGGUGAAAAGAGCGAGCUGUUGAGUGUUCUUCGAUCUGUUCACGAAGUCGACGUUAAUAAGGCAGACGAUCUUUGAAUCGGGCAGCCACUUAUCAAGUACAUGGAACAGGACGAUAUGACAGAGACAGUGGUAUCUCUUUCAGACAAUGAUCAAUCUGGGAGUACAAGGACACCCGCAACGAGUAUCAACGGCGAGGAAUUGGCCCCUGUAAGUGUCGGGAGCCCAAAUUCCCAGGGAACAUCAUCCGACCGCAUUCACCUAGCGCAAGGGGCAGGCGCAAGUGGAUUCGUUGGAAAGUUAUCCGAAAUCUCUUGGCUGCGAAGAGCUCGAGAACACAUGCUUCAAAAUGUGACUUGUAACUGGGGACAACUCGACUCACAGGCGCAUGAAUAGCUAGCAGACGCAGAUCUAAGCUACCAUAUAGACCAAGCAGAUCUCCUCUCAGUCAACGAAGACGUUGUCAAUGAGUACUAGUGGCCAUCCAUGGCCAUAACAAUGGUCGGUGUUUUCUUUGACACGCUGUAUCCCACCCUUCCGUUCAUUGACAAGGAUAAAUUCCUUCAAAAACUGUCACAAUCAUACUAUCUUCGGGAAGACUAUUCGCUUAUCGACAGACGCCGUUGGCUUGCUAUCGCGAACAUGAUAUUCUCCUUGGGGUUAAAAUGGCUCAUGCAAGGUAACGCUAAUAGGUCAGCUGGUCAAGAAGACCACUUGUAUUACGCACGUGCAAGGAAACUAGGACUCGAUCAUCGCAUGGUGCAGGAUCAUCCCACGACUGCACAGGUAGAGGGUCUAGGUCUUCUAGCGUUGGACUUGACUAUGAAUCAUCAGAUCACAAGAGCUUGGAUCUGUGUUGGGAACGCUAUACGUCACGCCGUAUCAUUAGGCAUGCAUUUGGCAGUGCAUCCUGGUCCGGACGAGGCUCGUAUAAGCGGAAAUCGGGCAUCUACCUGGUACGCGUUGUAUAAUCUGGAGAUGUUCCUGGUCGAAGUCACCGGUCGACCAACCUCGAUGAUAUCGGGUCUAGAAAUGACCAUAUCACAGGAGGGAGCUCAAAACCAUUCGGAAUCACCGCUGAUAACCCAGAGGCAGGGAUCUUUACCACACGCUUUUGGCACUCCUCAACCUCUGCUGUCCGACGUUUCUGCCCAAUCUCUUUCGACCCAUUUCUCGCGACGCGUUGAUGUCAGCCGCAUCUCUCGUCGAAUCAGUACAACAUUAUACGCUGGAGGGCUCACCGCGAAUUGGGCCGAAUUCCAGCAUAGUGUCAGUUUGCUCCAACUCGAAAUCGAGAAAUUAGCCAGCACCGUUGUCAGACGCCUACAAAACCUAGAUGGUGCUUGGUUACUGGGCGAUCGCCAUAACCUUGAACUUGCGAUGUCAAUCUAUAGUCUACAGAUGAUGUUAUAUCGUCCGUUUCUGUGCGAUUGGGAGCGGAAAAUCCGGAAUGAAUCUUCGCCCUCUCAGGAUUUCAACCAGUCGAAGGCAGUAGAAGCUAUUACUGCGGCAAGAUCGAUGCUAGCUCUACUGUUCAGUGUGGAUGAUUUGCAGACACUCCCUCUGGUGUUUCCAUGCUGGUCCACACUACAUUAUAUCUGUCAAGCAGGCUCAAUCUUGAUCUUAGAACUGGCUAUGCAUGCUAUACAUCUACCGUCUGAAGCAGCUGAAAUGGUAAGCGACAUACACAGGGUUCUUAUUUAUCUUCAAGCUAUGUCGACGGCAUCUUAUUCCGCGGCCAAGGCAUGGGAGAUAUUUGCCUCCUUUGUGAACGAGAUCGAAUCCAGACUGGAAACUGGAAACUCGACUUGA